CCGUCGGGGCGCCCGGGGGCUGGCGGAUCACCCAAGUGUGAGCCCCCCUUGAAGCCCGCGAGGUCUGGGGAGGAGGAGGCGAGGGGAGGAUUUACUGGGCGGCAGAGUGAGAAGGCCAGAGAGGACUGGCUGGGAGCGGGGACCAGAGCGGGACCCCAGCGGGACCUGAGUGCCGUCGCGCCGCCGUUCCGGGCAGGUCCGCGCAGACAUGCAGCGGCGGAGACCGGGCGCGCCCCUGGGCCUCGCCCCCGCGCGGGGGCUCUGAGCGCCGGCCGCCCCCAUGACUGCGCCCUGGCGCCGGGACUCGCCACGCUAAGCCGCCUCGGGACGGAGCCAUGCGGCGCUGGGCCUGGGCCGUGGUCGCGGUCCUCCUCGGGCCGCAGCUCGCGCUCCUCGGGGGCCUCGGGGCCCGGCUGGAGGCACAGAGGACGCAGCAGCCUGGCCAGCGCGCGGAUCCCCCCAACGCCACCGCCAGCGCGUCCUCCCGCGAGGGGCUGCCCAAGGCCCCCAAGCCAUCCCAGGCCUCAGGACCUGAGUUCUCCGACGCCCACAUGACAUGGCUGAACUUUGUCCGGCGGCCGGAUGACAGCGCCUUGAGGAAGCGGUGCGGAAGCAGGGACAAGAAGCAGCGGGACCUCUUGGGUCCCCCAGGACCUCCUGGGCCCCCUGGUCCCCCAGGACCUCCAGGUGCAGAAGUUACCCCAGAGACUCUGCUUCGCGAGUUUCAGGAGCUGCUGAAAGGUCAGCCGCCCCGCACUGCCCAGAGUCCCGACGUGCCUGGGCCCCAUGCUGACCCUGUUGGCGGCCUGUGCCCUCCUCCCCACAGAGGCCACGGAGCACCGGUUCUCAGGGCUCCUGGACCCACUGCUGCCCCAGGGGGUGGGCCUGCGGCUGGUGGGGGAGGCCUUUCAUUGCCGGCUGCAGGGCCCCCGCCGGGUGGACAAGCGGACACUGGUGGAGCUGCAUGGUUUCCAGGCUGUGAGUGGGGCCAGGAGCCCAGAGGGGGGCACUGGGUGGAGCCCCACAGGCAAGACGGGACCACCCACACUCUGACACUCACGGGGCACCCACCCUGCUGCCCAAGGUGCCUUCCUGCGAGGCUCCGGUCUGAGCCUGGCCUCAGGUCGGUUCACGGCCCCCGCGUCCGGCAUCUUCCAGUUCUCUGCCAGUCUGCACGUGGGGCUGUCUCCGCAGACCACAGUGAGCUGCAGGGCAAGGCCCGGCUGCGGGCCCGGGACGUGGUGCGUGCUCUCAUCUGCAUUGAGUCCUUGUGCCAGCGCCACAUGUCCCUGGAGGCCAUCUCAGGCCUGGAGAGCAACAGCAGAGUCUUUACGGCACAGGUGCAGGGGCUACUGCAGCUGCAGGCUGGACAGUACGCUUCUGUGUUUGUGGACAAUGGCUCUGGGGCUGUCCUCACCAUCCAGGCGGGCUCCAGCUUUUCCGGGCUGCUCCUGGGCACGUGAGGCGCCGAGGGGGGCUGGGCGAGGAGCUGCCGCAGGAUCCCGGGGACCCUCCCACUGAUGCCUGUGGUCACCACAAUAAA